ACUAAACUUGUCAGUAUAGAAGUGGAGCCUAAAGCGCAGUGCGCUCCACAGGAAAAGAGCGCACAUAUAUUCCCACUGUGCCCAUACAAACACUAUGGAGAUUUCAGGACUGUGGAUUUCUCUCAGUGUGAGGAUUUCUCUCUUUUUGCUACUAUGGGCAGGUGCAAGCGCAUUUAACUUGGACACAAAAAACGUGUUGAGGAAGAACGGGGAUCCCGGCAGCCUCUUUGGUUUCUCUCUCGCUCUGCACCGGCAGCUACAGCCAGUGGAUAAGAGAAUACUUCUAAUUGGAGCUCCCAGGGCCAAAGCUUUAUCCAAUCAGGGUGCGAACAUCACUGGGGGUUUGUACAGCUGUGAAAUCACUACUCAUUCGGAUGACUGCAAUCGGAUUGAGUUCGACAAUGAUGCUGAUAUGCGUGUGGAGAGUAAAGAGAAUCAGUGGAUGGGGGUGACUGUGCAGAGUCAGGGGCCAGGGGGAAAGAUUGUGACUUGUGCUCACCGGUACCAGCGACGGCUGUUUGUAAACACACCACAGGAGUCACGGGACAUUACCGGGCGCUGCUACGUACUCAGUCAGGAUUUCAGCAUUGAUGGCCAGUCAGAUGAAGAUGGUGGCAACUGGAAAUUCUGUGAAGGUCGUGCCAGGGGUCACGAGAGGUUUGGUGCCUGUCAGCAAGGUCUGGCUGCAACUUUCACCAAAGACUACCAUUACGUCAUUUUUGGAGCCCCAGGAGCUUAUAACUGGAAAGGAAUUGUGCGAGUAGAGCAAAAAAACAACACUCUCCUCGAAAUGGGCUUCUAUGAUGACGGCCCAUAUGAGGUUGGGGAUGAAAGCCGCUUGGAUCCAGAACUGGUGCCUGUACCUGCUAACAGUUACUUAGGUUUCUCUCUGGAUUCUGGCCACAACAUUACUGAGAAGGGCAAACUGAUUGUGGUGUCUGGCGCUCCGAGAGCCAAUCACAGUGGAGCAGUGGUGCUGCUGAGGAAAGAGGGUGAGGUGUCCACCAUGCUGUCGCCUGAGUAUGUGCUAGAAGGACCUGGACUUGCCUCUUCAUUUGGAUAUGACGUAGCAGUUGUGGAUCUCAAUGGAGACGGAUGGCAGGACAUUGUGGUGGGAGCUCCUCAGUUUUUCCAGAGAGAUGGUGAGGUUGGGGGAGCGGUGUAUGUCUACAUCAACAAGGCCGGAAAGUGGAGCGCUGUCGUCCCCACCCGCCUCAAUGGAACUAAAGACUCAAUGUUUGGACUGGCGGUGGACAAUAUUGGAGACAUCAAUCUGGAUUCCUAUGAAGAUAUUGCAGUUGGUGCUCCUUAUGCAGAUGCAGGCUCUGGUAGAGUGUACAUCUAUCAUGGAUCAGCUUAUGGCAUUAACACCAAACCAGCUCAGAUUCUGGAAGGUAGACCUCAUGGCAUAAACAUGUUUGGCUAUUCAUUGGCUGGGAACAUGGACUUGGAUGACAACUCCUACCCAGAUCUUGCCAUUGGAUCUCUGUCUGAUGCUGUGUUUGUGUACAGGGCCAGACCUGUCAUCAGCAUAAAGAAGGAAAUCAAGGUUACACCAAAGGAAAUUGACCUGACAAAGAAAACGUGUGGAAACAGUAUUUGUUUGAAUGUUGAAGUCUGCUUUACCUAUAAAGCAAAUCCUGUUACUUACAACCCCAAACUGACCAUUUCCUACAUGCUUGAGACAGAGUCACAACGCAGAAAGCAGGGGUUGCACUCUAGAGUGUCCUUCCUGGAUAAAAAGCCAACUGAUCAAGAUUUCCAGUCUACAGGCACAUUAGACCUGAGAGGGCAGAACAAGAAAUCUUGUCACAAAGUCAAACUCCGACUGCAGGAGAACAUCAAAGACAAGUUGAGAGCAAUCCCCAUCGAGGUGUCCUGUGCCAUUGAGAGUGCUAGGAGAGGGAAAAGUCCGACCUCACUACCAGAGCUGCUGCCUGUGCUGGACUCAAAUAUACCAAGCAAGACCACCACUGAAGUGAACUUCCUGAAGGAGGGGUGUGGUUCUGACAACAUAUGUCAGAGUAACCUGCAGCUCCAAUACAGAUUCUGUUACCGAGAGUCCAACCAGGACAUAUUUCCUCCAUUACCUAUGGAGAAUGAUAUUGCAGUGGUAUCUCUGAGUGACCAAAAGGACAUUGCUCUGGAGGUAACAGUGAAGAAUAGGAAUGGAGAUGAUGCUCAUGAAGCCAAACUAAUGGGAUGGUUUGGUGAUUCGCUUUCAUACUCUGGAUUCAGAUCUCAGAAAGCUACAGACAAGCACGUGAUCUGUGCAGCCAAUCAGAAUGGCUCACAAGUAGACUGUGAACUGGGGAACCCAUUCAAAAGAGAUUCUGAGGUCACUUUUUACAUUAUCCUGAGCACUGCCAGGAUCUCCCUCCACACCACUGAGGUUGAGGUUGACCUCCAGCUAGAGACAACGAGUCUGCAGGGGGGUUUAGAGAGAGUGAGGGCUAAAGCUAAAGUCGUGAUUGAACUUCUGCUAUCAGUGCAAGGGGUUGCCAAGCCCUCACAGGUGUACUUUGGAGGGAAUGUUAGAGGAGAGAGCGCCAUAAAAUCAGAGGAAGAAGUUGGCAGUUUGAUUGAAUAUGAAUUUAGGGUAAUGAAUUUAGGCAAGCCACUGAAAUCAUAUGGCACAGCCUCCAUCAAUAUCCAGUGGCCUAAAGAAGGUGCUCUGGGGAAAUGGCUUCUGUACCUGGUGAAGAUCACCUCGAAAGGGCUGGAGCAGAUCACCUGCUCACCAGAGAAUGAGAUCAACCCAAAUGGCCUGAUUGAAGGAUCCACUUUCUCCAGAAGGAAGCGUCAGGUGGACCCAAGCAGGACAUCUGAAGGGAGGAAAAUAUCUCUUUUCACAGAUAAAAGAAAAUACAAAACUCUGUCAUGUGCUGGGGAUGUGAAAUGUGUGGACAUCAAGUGCCCUCUACAGGGCCUGGACAGUAGUGCGCACAUUGUACUGAGGUCUCGCCUUUGGAACACGACUUUCCUUGAAGAUUAUGCCUCAUAUAAUUAUCUCGACUUGAUAGUGAAAGCCUCAAUCAGUCUUGAUGUUUCUGCUAAGAACAUUGUGCUGAAGAAUCCUGAGACACAGGUGAGAUUGACUAUCUUCCCUGAAAAUACAGUGGCUCACUAUGGUGGAGUGCCAUGGUGGAUAAUUCUAGUGGCCGUACUAGCAGGAAUACUGAUGCUUGCUCUGCUAGUGCUUCUACUCUGGAAGUGUGGAUUUUUCAAACGUUCCAAGUAUGAUGACAGCAUUCCUAAGUACCAUGCUGUGAGGAUCCGUAAGGAGACGCGCCACUUUACAGAUGAAAGCAUCAUGUUUGAUCCAUUUGAGAAGAAGCAAUGGAUGACUAUAUGGAAUGAGAAUGAAAGUUACUCCUGAGACUUUUACCUCACUAAUGUGAGAGACUUUAGGACUUUCUGGAGUCCACUAAAUAUAAUGGAGCCUGGAUUCAGGACUUUGCACAGUCUGUGUUGUUACAAUGAAGAAACACAAAACAAAAGACUCCUUUCAUGCACUGGUUUGUAACACAACAAAGGUGUCAAGUCUUAAAAUACCAAGCAAAUGAUAAGUGUCAUUUAGAGAUAUUUUUUUGUUUUGAUAUUUGUAUACAGAAUUGGGACCAGCCUUUAAAAAUGCCUAUUUGUACAAUUCUGGAUGAUUACUGGACUACUGUAACUGAUUUUAAAUCUGUAAAUAUUGAACUGUACUUGCAUAGUGCUUAUUUAUUUUCUGUCUUAUUUAAUUAGCCAAAGGUUCUCCAGGUUCUUUCUAAAACUGUGAAAUUUGCUUAAAAUACAAACGUCAAGCAGAUUAUAAGGAUAAAAUAACCUGAUAUGCACAAUGGAUGAAAGCAAUCUAGCACACUAUAUGGCAGGGUUUUAUAUUUGGGGAUUCGCUGCUCAUAUUUAUGCAUAUACUGUAUGUGAGUUUUUGCUGCUGAGUAGAUAUUAGAUCAGAAACAGAUGUGGCUAGGAACUGCAAAAGUAAACUGAUUAUUGGGAUCAAGAAGAGAACAUACAAAACAAGUCCAAAGUACUUAUCCAGGAAUACACAGUCUGACUACUGUGCGUUUCAGUGCCUAUAGGUGUGUGUUACCAGAAGUACCGUAUCCAUUUGAUUUUACUGAAGAAAAACUCAGCAGGUUUAAUUACCAGGAACUUUGGUAGCUGAUGUACAAGUACAUAUGGACUGACUGAAUAACUUUGAAUGUUUUGUUGUACCCCUUAAUUAGAUUACUCUGUUUGUAUUACAGUAUGUGAUCUGAACCAGUAAAUCUGUAGUUUGCGCUCAGUGAACUUUAGUAAUAUUUGCAGCUGAAAAUGGAGAUGACGCUUCAUCUCACUGGCCAUGUUAUAGAUGCACCUACUCUAGUUAAAACCAAUAAGCCAUUAAGUAACAUAUAAAGCAUGAUAGGGUAUGCUAUUAUAGGAAAAUAAUCAGUUAUGGGGUGGUGUGAUGCCAUAACCACCCACAAAACACCACAUCCCUAAUCGUUUUGUUCCUUCUAUACCACAGCAAUUUGCCAAUGAUUACAAUUUUUUAUUAAUUCAUGAACAACACAUCAUACUUUUUAUCCCUUUAUUGUUACAUUUAAGUGUUUGGAACUUUAGCACAACAAGUUAGUUCCUGUUAUCUAACUUGUUAGUUCCUGUAAUUCUUGGUCCCUCACCAGCCUCUCUUUUAAAUUUAAUAAGACGGAAAAAAAAACCACGCAGCUGGUCAUUUUACAGAGAAAUUGCAGAUUCCUCUGUCCUGAAGUCUUUCCUGUGUCAGAAAACUUAAAGGAAGUUUUUUGUUCAGCUUUACCUCUGACACUGACGACUGCAUCAAAAAAUGUUAAAUACACGUCUCCUCAUAGAAAACUUCACCAUAUUAGUGAUUACACUCAUUUUUUUAUCUGGAGCGUCUACCAUACAAGUCCCUGUGUAAGUAGUUACAAUGGAAACAAUAACAUAUAAUACGAGUGCAUUAAUAUAAACCAUGCAGCUGGCACUAUUGUGCUGUUAUAAGAACUCAAUCAACACCUUCUGACCAAUUGGAAACAACAAUUCAACAGCGCUGUUGUAUAAAUAACCAUCAUGUUUGCCAUCACUGUUUGACAUUUUGGAACUAAUGAUUUACAUAGUCAUGAGACAGUUGCAGGGUAUGUUAGCUUUUACAGCCCUCUUUCAUGAGUUGUACCAAAAGACAGGUAUUAGCUAGAUGCUAAUAUACACUUCUAAAAAGAUUUUUAAUUAGGUUUACAUAAUGCUUUUUAAAACACAGAGCAGAGCCUUUAUUAUUUAUGUCCAUUGAACAGACUGUUUGAACAUUAAGCUGAAUUUGAAAUGCUUGAAAAAAAAAGAUGCAUAGUUUGAGGUAGUUAAAUACAGAUUAAAAACAGAUGUGGGUUUUUUUAAAUGAUUUUUUUGUUCUAAUCUAUAUUACAGAUUCAAAUUCAGUUCAUGUAUCCUGUAUACAUGGUUACACAUAAACUAUCCAUCCAGAAAUACAUUACUGGUGUGUGCACACUAGUGCUAAUAGAUGGAUUACACUUUACAGUUGACUCAUGGAAGUCUGGAGGGCCAUGAAAUUCAGCUAAGUUAGUUGUAGAUAAUAAAGUGGUUGUUCAGUGUAUUUUUCUAGGUCAUGCACUGUAAUAGAUGAGACUGAAAAUAUGUACUACCUUAGAAAUUAUAAUAAAAACAUCCUGCACUGAUGCCAACAUCAGAUGUAGAGUGCAGGACAUAAUAGACUACAUUUCCUGUGUAAUGUUAUUAAAGGUCAUUUUUUUUGUAUGUAGGGGUCAAGUUUUGACGUGUCCAACACUUAUCCUACAAUUUAAAACAACACAAAGAGUUUCUGAACGCUGCACAACGUUGUCUAAUCCUAUAAGAAGAAAAUGCAGACAUCAUAUUCAGCAUAAAAAACAAUAAUUUUCCUGCUAGUACCUGGUUGUCUAGGACAUGCAAAUGAUUUAGGAAAUCCUUUAUCUGCUUUAUUUACUUGUGCAGAUUUUCUUUCCAAAAUAAAAACUUUUUUUCUCAUUUUUUAAAACUGUUUAAUUCUCCAUUGUUUUAUAAAUCAUUUCAUUUUAUGAAUGACAAUUUAUAGAAAUGUAAUAAAAUUACAAACAAGUCACAA